AUGUCUAUGCAGCAUCCGCAAUCGCUGCGCUCGCGGCGCUCCUUUGCUGCUGCGACAAGCACGGCACAGGAAUCACCGUUACUGUCACCGUUGAUGCAACCGAGGAAGCUAGCAGCAUCCUCGCAUGUCAGUACAGUCUCAAGGAUCCCGUUGCCUUCGCUCUCUAUACAUCCCCAUCACCAAGAUCAGCAACAAAUGCACAUCAAUUCAAGGUCAGCACCUACUUCACCUGCGCAUGCGUUCCGGCCUCUGGCUUCUCCGCUUCGCGCUGGUCCGAAACACCCUGCUCUGGCUUCCGCCACACCGCUGCCGCGGCACGCUUCACCUUCACCAUCUGAUCUCACGACCUCCUCCCACGAUGAUGGCAGUGGUGACGACGGUCAGGACAACACUGUGCUGCCUAUUGCCAGCUUUCACAGUUCACUGCCGCCGCCAACAGCGCCGGCGGUGGGAACAGCAGCUGCAGUGACGCGGCAAGCGGCUGGUGCGAUCGCGACGGCUGACUUUGAGCGCUGGAAACGGUACCAGCAAGGCUUGCUCCUGCUCUCGCCCCCGCCGUCUUCGUCUCCACUUUGCGACUCCGAUGCAGCCGCCGCCGCUGACGCCGCUUCCGCAAUGCGUGCGGGCGACUUCGGCCAUGCAGCCAAGCGCCCAGACGUGGCGCAUCGCCGCCCAGCAGCAGCUCCAGUCGCGCGCAAGCUGACAGUUACAACGAAUGAAACCCUCACCCCAUCGCCUCCAAGGCCCUCGUCCCUUCCGCGCCCACAGAGCCUCACUUGCACACCGCAGCAGCAGAGGCAGCCCAGAAGUAUGCCUUUUGGCUCCUCGCCUGCCGCUUCCCCUGCGCCCACGCCGUCGCCCACGCCGUCGCCAUCGUCUAGACCUAAGCCUGGACCUGGAUCUGAGGCCCGCAGUGCGACGCUGCAUGCAGGGGCGAAGAGCGACGCGUCGGUGCCGGCUUUGGCCGCAGCUGCAGCUUAUGCUAUCAAUAGACCGACGAGUGUUGGUGUUCGAAAGGAGCUGGAGACAGGGAAGGAGCUGGGUGGCAUCACUACUAACACCAGUUUGAAUGUUGGCCCGUCCGACUCACCCAAAGCAACCUCAAUAGCAACGCCGUUGCAGACAUCUAGAGAUAGAGCUGGUGCCUUGCCUGUGUCCAAACUUACGCCGGUCCAGGCGGUCAGUCCGAUCGCGACAUCAAUUUCGAUCUCGAGCAAGGCGAGGUCGAAACUCUUUUGGCGCUCCAGCAGCUCAACUUCUCCAGGUACUGCGACAAGUGCCCAACCAUCUUCGACCGGUGCGAGUGGGAAUGCUGCAACCGCUUGUCCUGCUGGUCUAACCAUCAGCUCGCCGACCAAUUUUCAGCACGUCCAGUCUGGUAAGGCUGCUCUAGAUCCCGUCGCUGCCUUUAGCAACGCGCUCGACCUGAGCGGUAUCAGUCCAGAAGGCGAUAAGUCAAUUGGCGUGCAGCUGAGUCCGCGUCCAAUCCCCGUACCUCCUUUUCUCAAGGAAACGGCAACAAAGAGCGUGCCGAAUACGCCGCUCUCGCUGAGAGCUCGUCCGCUUCUAGCGCUUAGCGCGGAGCCGGCUUCAGCUUCGGCUCGGCAUAGGCUGCACAUUGCUUUGGGAGACCGGACGCAUAGCAACGAUACGGCUGAUGCGACCGGGUCCACGGCUACAUCUACCUUUGCAGGUUGGCCCCGUCAGGACCAUGACCCUGAAAGUGCGAAUGCCAAAGGCGAUAUGAAUCUCCUGCAGCUGGACACGGUGGAGGCUUCCCCCAUCAGGCUCGCUGGAGCCGCAACGCUUGCUCGGAGGGCUGCCGUCGCCGAUGCUGUCCUGGGCAGUGGCGGUGCCAGUGGAGAUCCUCCUGUCGGUAUUCGUCAAAGGCAGAGCAGCAGGGAACUUCCGCUCGCACUCGCCCAACUUGAGCGCGAGCGCUUACAGGAAAUCGAGAGUGUGCCGGUGCACAUGCCAAACCCUGCCUCGCUCACGCAGCCGUUCGGGCUUAAGGGCCACCCAGAGAGGCAUCAAUUUUUGGUGGAGGGGGUGACUGAAAGCCAUCGCUUGGCUUCGGACGGUGUCCAGUCGGCAGAUUGUCGACUUACGUCGUCGCCUCCCUUGCGCCCGGAUGUCUUUGCACUUCUAGGGCCGCAGCUGCAGCGUUCCAAAAGUGAGAGCGUCUCUUCAUCCUCGCAAACACCGUCGCCGCAGGCCAGUGCAGACAGGGAUUCUUCAAGCUUCUUUGUGCCGAGAAGUGCGGGGCAGAGAAGCCCGUCAAAUGCAACGCCGUUAGCCCUGCCUGCGCGGCGCUCACUUGACGAAAAGUUACAGUGUGCCAAAAACGGCAUCGCCCGACGCGUCAAUUACGCACGUCCGUUCCGUAAAAGCAACCCUCCUACUGAACCUGAUGCACAGGCGCAAGAUGCGCUGCCUGCCAUGACAACCCCUACCCGCCCACUGCUGCCCAUGCGGAGGUCGAGCUCCACGGGCAGCAUUGCACGGCGUAUCGCCCAGCGCGACCAUACGCCAGAUCAAAGGCCUAUUGCGUCCCGCAGGUGCGCCAUGCCUGCGGACACUGCUGCAUCAUCACAUCAUCGCCAAGUGCGUUCUCAAAGCGCUAUUAACGAUUUGCGACCUGCUGCCCUUUCGUGCGCUGCUGUGGCCACUGCGACACCGUCUUCGCCUAUGAUUCUACCGGCAGUUUCGACCCCGCCAAAAGCAUUUGCUCAGCAUACAUCUUGCGCGUCCAGUUCAGGCGAGAAUGCGACGCCUGGCUCGUUUGACACUCCGUCCACUGCUCCCCGCGCUCUCACAGCUUCCCCGAGCACUGCAAUGAGCGACACCGAGUCGCCUCGAACAAGCAUGAGCAUGAGCCCUAUGCAGCCUCUCGCAGGGCUCGCAUCUGUCGGACCUCGGUCGAUCUUCGCGAAAGCCCUACCUAAGAGCAAGCACGCAUUCUACGAGGACGACGCGCUCCUGCCUGCACCCGAACAGUUCACCGACGCUGAUGUCGACGUGUUCGGCAAAAAGGCUGCGCCUGCUGCCGCUGCACGAGUCUAUGAGCAAUGGCAUUUGCCUGGUACGACACAUGAUCGCCUUCCAAUGGCUACCCCAAGCAUCUCGGACUUGCACAUGCCAAGCUACGUGUCAGCAGCCUCGAAGAAGUACGUGUUCAUUCAGGCUGUGCCAGCGCACGUCCAGCAUAACUUGGACGUCGGCCACCGCUCGUCAACUCAAUGGCCCGACGUCUACGAACUGAGCUCUGUCGCCAGUGAUGACGAUGCUCGGGUAUUGGAGGGCCAUCUUGACGGGACCGAAGACGGCUUGGGCAAUGUUCAAGUAGGAGAUGAACCAUUCUCGCGCACCUCGGCGUCGUCGGAUUUGCUUUCACGCUACCUCAGCCUUCAGAGUCAAGCAAGCUUGCCGGAGGAGAGCAUCAAUGGCUGCACUGAACUUUCAAUCGAUGUCCAGCUGCUCGACGUAGAAGGUUCUUUCGAUCCCAUCGCUUUCAAAGAAGGGCGUUUGAGACUCGAUGUCCGAUGGAUGGUCAAGCUUUCCGGUGAUGGAGUGGUUCAUCAAGCUCAGUCUUUCCAAGGCACCACGUCCCUUGGCUGCCAGCGCCGUGUGCGCACGACGUCUAUGGUUCAAGGUUGGCCCAGCAGCGAAGCGCCAAUCGCGCCCGAACUUAAGCCUCGUUCACUUGAUGACUUCAAAGGGACUCCACACUCGCGAGCUAGCUCAGAUGCACGAAGCUCAGGCCUCCUGAGUGCUUCACUGCUGCCGCAUACUCCGCGCCUCCCUAGCACACCCCCCAGUGGUUCUACUUUUUCGCCCAGGCCGUUUCUGCUACCGUGCAGUGCUGGUACCCGGAAGCGUCAAGAAUCAGCGCUAUCGAGCCUGCCCUCUGUCGUUGACCCUACUUCCACCAGGCCGGAAGGUACGCCCAGGCAACGGCAGGUCAGUGCUGGUAACAGCACAUUUGACGCACGCAAGAUGUCGCCACGUCGCCCUCCAUACAAGAGGUCCGACACGUACCACCCGUCUUUGAUCGCGUUGCCUCCACACAAGCAACCCCACGAUCCUUUUUCACCCAUGUCAUCUUCACCCACACGCCCUUUAUUCGACAGCAUCAGCGAGCACAACACUGAGCAUACACCGCGUAACCGCUUCUCGCGUCUCGACCAGCCCAUCAUGGAGGUCAGUCCUCCGGCAGGAUUAUACAGCGCUAGCACCAGUCUUGCAAGCAUUACAGGCAGCGCUAUGACCUGA